AUGACCUCUCGACUGACAUCCAUACUACUAUCCUCAGCUUCAGUCCUACGGCCAUGUUCAAGAAACAGGCCUAUAACACCGAUCCGCCAUCGAUAUCUACAUCGAUAUCAAUCCACCCUUUCCACACCCGACUCCUAUAAAAUCAACGGUCUCACUUAUCCUAAAGAUUCAUAUUCCAACAUCCCUUCAUCGAUCCUAGACAAGUUAGACCGUAACCUACAUCUCUUGCCUUCUCAUCCCAUAUCAAUCCUACGUCAGAUCGUCGAAGAUCAUUUUUCAACUUAUACACCAUUAGUACCUUCCUCAGCAGUCGUUUCGGUUCAUCAGAAUUUCGACGAAUUGGGUUUCCCACCUGAUCAUCCUGGACGUAGUCUGACAGACAGCUACUACAUAAAUAACGAGUAUAUGCUGAGGACACAUACUUCAGCACAUGAAGUUGAAAGUUACAAAAAAGGUUUAGAUAAAUGGUUAUUAUCUGCUGAUGUCUAUCGUCGAGAUGAGAUUGAUUCCAGUCAUUAUCCUGUAUUUCAUCAAAUGGAAGGUACCCACAUAUGGCAGAACGAGGAUCUACAUACUUUACCCGCACUAAAUGCAGAAUUAGAAGAAAGGUUGAAAGAGUGUAAUAUCCUAAUAGAGGAUGAAACGGUGAUAUCAACUUCUAAUCCAUAUCAACCUCAUCAUGAUACCAUACAUGCCGAACAAAUCACGAAACAUUUAAAACAUUCUUUGAAUUCUUUGAUAUUUAGAUUAUUCGGUCAUCACGCUUCUCAAAAGGGUGCUGAACCAUUGAGAGUAAGGUGGAUAGAAGCUUAUUUCCCAUUUACAACGCCAAGUUAUGAGGUUGAGGUGUAUUGGAAUGGUCAGUGGUUGGAAUUAUUAGGUUGUGGAGUGGUCAUGCAGAAAACAUUGGAUCUGUCGGGUGUCUCAAACAAAUCCGGUUGGGCAUUCGGACUAGGUCUCGAGCGACUUUCGAUGGUCUUAUUUUCAAUACCUGACAUCCGACUAUUCUGGACCUCCGACCCACGUUUCUUAACUCAAUUCAAACAAGGGGAAAUAACGACUUUCCAACCUUAUAGUAAAUAUCCACCAUGUUAUAAAGACAUGUCAUUCUGGUUACCUCCCUCCGCGAACGCCUCAGCGGAACAGCACGAGCACGAGCACGGGGCAGCUGCAGCCGGUGGAAAAUUACCUCCAAAAAGUGGGGAAAAGACUUUCCAUGAGAAUGAUUAUUGUGAGAUUGUCAGGGAUGUAGCUGGAGAUUUGAUCGAGAGUGUGACUUUGAUCGACAAGUUCUCUCAUCCCAAGACCAAUCGAAAGAGUAAAUGUUAUAGAUUAAAUUACCGACACAUGGAUCGAAAUUUGUCCAACGAAGAAGUUAACGAAUUGCAGCAGCAGGUUCAGAAGAGAGUAGUUCAAGAGAUGGGUAUAGAGAUGAGAUAA